AAGAAACCCGAGCCUCAACUGGAGAUCAGGGGUGCCUGGGUAAAUGAUAUCUGGGGGGAUAAGGGUAAACGUUCACUUUCUCCUUUCUUCCCACUCCAGCCCCAGGAUGUUGACCGUUGCUUUUCUUGCCCUUCUUUGUGCAUCAGCCUCUGCCAGUAAGCUUCAGGCCAGCUCCUCCUCUUUCAGUGGAGAGUAUGGAGGCUACGGAGGAAAGCGAUUCUCCCAUUCUGCAAACCAGCUGGAUGGCCCCAUCACUGCCAUUCGUGUCCGAGUUAACAGCUACUACAUCAUAGGUCUCCAGGUGCGCUACGGCAAGGUGUGGAGCGAUUACGUGGGUGGCAAGUUGGGAAAGCUGCACGAGAUCUCCCUGGACCCUGGGGAAUCAGUGGUCCAGGUGUCGGGAAAGUACAGGAACUACCUGAGAAAGCUGGUCUUUGUGACUGACAAGUCCCGCGUCUUGACUUUUGGGAAAAACAGAGGCAAGAAUUUCAAAGCUGUCCCCUUGCACCCCAACACUGUGCUACGAUUCAUCAGUGGCCGAUCUGGCCAAUCCAUUAUCAAUGCCAUUGGCUUCCACUGGGAUGUCUACCCCAGUAAACACGAGAACUGCUGAGUUGUCCUGCAACACUGCAGUGGGGGUAUGGGAACCCCUCACCACUAACCACCAUCCACCUGUCUCAAUGAAAAAGAAAUAAUAAAAGGGCAUGGCUAAAGUGUGUGUAUGGGUGCCUGCAGCUGGGGUCCACCUCUUGACUCUGGGUAUGGAUGUGUGACUCUCAUUUCUGGCUAUUCGUCAGACGUCAAUCUGGGGAAGAGUGGGAGGAUGAGGGAGAGAGGUGUAAGAAUCCUGGGCUUUUCUUCAUAAUUUAUUAAGAGGAGAUAAGAUUCUGGCCUGCACCAAUUCUUUUUUUCAAGUGUUUACCCAAACUGGAGUUCUAAGGCUGAAGGUAAGACCUAGUUGUGGUUUAUUGCGAAAACCCCAGAUGUUCCACUCUCCAGCCCUUUUCUCCCCUUUGUCUUCCCCUUGAGAUAGUGCCUCUCCACCAAAAGGCUGUCACCUCACUCUCCUGACCUUAACCCACUCACUGUACAUGGGUGGCCUGAGCCAUCAUCCUUUGUUAUUUCCCAGAACC